GCUUUUGCUUCUUCGAAUUGUCCUUCCAUCUCGCGGUAACCAAACUUCCUCCCUAUUUCUUUCUCCGGCGACGAUCUCAAAUCAUCGGUAAAUCUCACUGUAAACGCCCAAUUACUCGUCACGUUCUUCAUCUUCGCCGACAGCUCGCGUUUCAGUUUAUUCUAACUCGGCGUCAUCAUGAACCCCGAAUAUGAUUAUCUGUUUAAGCUUUUGCUUAUUGGAGAUUCUGGUGUUGGCAAAUCAUGUCUACUUUUGAGGUUUGCUGAUGAUUCAUAUCUGGAAAGUUACAUCAGUACCAUUGGUGUUGACUUUAAAAUCCGUACUGUGGAACAGGAUGGAAAAACCAUCAAACUCCAAAUUUGGGACACUGCAGGCCAAGAGCGCUUUAGGACAAUCACUAGUAGCUAUUACCGUGGUGCUCACGGAAUCAUAGUUGUUUAUGACGUGACGGACCAAGAGAGUUUCAACAAUGUCAAGCAAUGGUUAAAUGAAAUCGACCGCUAUGCCAGUGACAAUGUGAAUAAACUUUUAGUUGGGAACAAGUGUGACCUAACAGCAAACAAAGUAGUGUCAUAUGAGACAGCUAAAGCUUUUGCAGAUGAAAUUGGGAUUCCUUUCUUGGAAACUAGUGCAAAGGAUGCCACUAAUGUAGAAGAUGCUUUCAUGGCCAUGGCUGGUGCAAUCAAGAAUAGGUACAUCUACCUGAUGUCUUCCACAUUUCUUGAUGAAGAUGGCUACCCACCCAGGCGUGAACACCGCGCGAGCUCCAUCGGUGCAGCUCAAAGGCCAGCCCGUGAACCAUAACUCUGGUUGUUGCUCUUCCUAAAAGAAGAAUUAGUUUUCGUGGGUCCAUGUGAUGAUAUUUGUCCUUUUGUGUUGCUUGUUGCAUGUAGC